AACUUGCAGGUAAAAAUGGCUGCAGAAGAGAAGUGGAAAGCUUGGGCUUCAAAACAGCAUAGCGAAGCUGAACAGGCAGGUGAAAAGGAACCGUGUGUGCUUCUGGGCCAGCGGCUGGGUGAACCGAGAAGAUUUGCUUAUGCGGCGCUUUGUGGGAUAUCCCUAGCAUGGCUGUUCCCUGAAAAAGAGCAAAGCUCCUUCAGGGCGGAAUUCAUUGAGGGCUUUGUGAAAUGGCUGGACCUGCCCGAUGCUGUUUUACCUGCCAUGACAGCAUUUGCUAGUGGCUUAGGAGGUGAGGGCACAGAAACUUUUGCCCAGAUUUUGCUGAAGGAUCCCAUCUUGAAAGAAAAUCCAGUUGUCAUUAUCCAAGACCUUCUAUCCUUCUCUCUUAGAGAUGGGUACUACGAUGCUCGAGCGAGGGUGUUGAUCUGCCACAUCACCUGGCUGCUGAGAAUCCCCUUGGAGGAGCUGGAAGUCCUGGAGGAAUCUCUGCUUGAGAGCCUGAAGGAACAAAAAGAGGAAGAGUCAGAAACUGCAGAAGCAUCAAGAAAAAAGAAGGAAAGAAGAAAAAAGCUGAAGAGAUACCUGCUCAUUGGUUUGGCAACCGUUGGGGGUGGAACAGUGAUCGGCUUGACGGGGGGUCUCGCUGCCCCUCUGGUUGCUGCGGGAGCUGCUGCUGUCAUCGGAAGUGCUGGAGCAGCUGCUUUAGGUUCGACUGCUGGAAUUGCUGUCAUGGCAUCCCUUUUUGGAGCAGCUGGAGCUGGCCUUACUGGAUACAAGAUGAAGAAGCGUGUGGGAGCCAUAGAAGAGUUUGAGUUCCUCCCACUUACUGAAGGAAAGCAGCUUCAUAUCACCAUAGCAAUUACUGGAUGGCUGUGCACUGGUAAAUAUGGGAGCUUCACAGCACCAUGGAGGAGCAUGUUGCAAUCGAGUGAGCAGUAUUGUCUGGCCUGGGAAUCCAAGUACUUGAUGGAGCUUGGCAACGCCUUAGAUUCCCUGCUGAAUGGUGUUGUGAACAUGAUGGCUCAAGAAGCCUUAAAAUUCACUGUCUUGUCAGGUAUUGUGACGGCCUUGACUUGGCCAGCUUCGCUCUUGACUGUUGCCAGUGUCAUUGACAACCCCUGGGGAGUGUGUCUCCAUCGGUCUGCUGAAGUAGGCAAACACCUAGCACAUAUCCUGCUCAGUCAACAGCAGGGCAAGCGACCUGUCACCCUGAUUGGCUUCAGUCUGGGUGCAAGAGUCAUUUACUUCUGCCUGCAGGAAAUGGCUCAAGAAAAAGAUUCUCAAGGGAUCAUAGAAGAUGUGGUCUUACUGGGAGCUCCAGUGGAAGGAGAAGCCAAGUACUGGAAAGCUAUCACAAAAGUGGUGUCGGGCAGGAUCAUAAACGGCUAUUGCAGGGGGGACUGGCUGCUGGGGUUUGUAUACAGAACCUCUUCUGUCCAGAUCAACGUUGCAGGCCUCCAGCCAGUCGACUUGGAUGACAGGAGGAUGGUAAACGUGGACCUUUCGUCUGUAGUAAACGGCCACCUGGACUACAUGAAGCAAAUGGACACGAUCCUAAAAGCUGUGGGCAUUAAAACCAAGGACUGUCGGCUGGAAGAGAAGGGCAGCGGCAGUCUUUUCUCCCCUCUAGCCAAGAAAUCACAGCGGGCAGCAAGCAGCGAGACUCGGGAAGAGGAAAACACCGUGCGAGAGGAGGAUGCGGCUGACGGUGAGGCUCUCCCAGCCAGCCACGCUCACCGCCGUGAAACCUCGCUCCCCUGCCCAGAGUGUUCAAACAGCGGGGACAGCAAGAAACAGGCAGCGGGCGAAGGAGCAAAUUAGAGCCCGUCGUGUCGGGCAGAGAUGCUCAGCCAGCACUAAAACCGCUUUCAAAGCACUGUCUGUUGCGCUGGGAUUCCCAAAGGAGUAUCGGUAGAGCCGGCAGAGCUGUAGCUGCAGUUUUCAGACCCUCCGGAGAGCCUGGAGCGUGGCACCGGCGUGGUACUGGAUCAAAGCUUUCGGAGCAGCCGCCCACGGCAUCUCCCACGGACGAGAAAGGGUUGAUUCCUGCCUGAAUCAGCAUUGCUCCUCGGGAAGCGGCGGCACUUCCCUCCUCGCACAAACUGGGUUUAUCCUUGAGGGAAGCAGCUGUCACCGUUAGGGACUGCGUCUCUGCUACAUAAGUCUUGGGAAAGCGGGUGGCUCGGUGGGUAUUUUUAAGCAUAUCGUGGAGAGAGGCUCGUCCCUAGGAAAUUAAAAACAUUUUUCCACCAGUGGUCGAUUUGGGUUUUUGGUUUUCACGUGAGCAGGGGCGUUGCAGGCUCUGGCUGCCCCGUUAUGUACGUCUCAGCGUCCGCGCUUCGGCUCUGCUAACCGGGGAGGCGAAAGGCUGAGGCUACCUGGCUUCUUUCCCUAUCUGCAAGCUGAGGGCGAGGAGUGUUCGAGGCCUCAUUACUAUUAGAAACGCGCUUUG